AUGGGCAAAGCGUACGAUGGCAAAAAGCGGUGGAAUGAGACCAUCCUCGCAACAACGGCCAGGGCUUCCACCGUCGCUGGUCGAAUCAAUGGAGCAAAGAAGCGCUUGUCGGGUCGAACGCACAAGCUGAGCUCUGCCAUGCGACGUGUGGAUGACGACACGCGGUCUGAAGUACGCAACGCGCGACUGGACGCUCUGGAAGCGGAUACUUUCGGGGAAGACGCAGACGAAGACGGUGACGGCACGCGAGACGGCGACGAGGCGUACGUGGACGAGGACGAAGGUGGAGCGAGUGCAUCGUUGGCUGGUAGAGAGCCAAUGACGAAGACGAAGAAGAAGAGACAAGUGGGUGUCCUGAGCAAGAAGAAGUGGAAGGUGACGAGUUUGGCGCAGUUGGUGUUUGAAGAAUUGGGCAAUGGCGACCACACAGAGGAACCCAACUACUUGAGUGCUGCUGUAGGGCCUCCGAUUCAUCCAGCACGGAAGUUUUGCUGCGUGUGUGGGUUCUUUGCAAACUACAAUUGUCGACGAUGUGGAUCGAGGUACUGUAGCGUGAGAUGCGGCGACCAUCACAAAGAAAGUGGUUGCAUGAAGUUUGGACUGUAG